AUGUUCAAAAGGCUUACGCCUCAACGCUUCAAGGCUUACGUCUUGCAUAGCGCUACUAAAAACGCCUCAUCUAUACGCCUCGCCUUUGAAAACAUUGCAUAUGAUGUCUGUCUCUGUUAUAGAGGCGCGGAUACCCACAACAAUUUUACAGACCAUUUGCGCAGAAAUUUGCUUCAAAAGGGAAUUAAAACCUUCCUUGCUGAUGAGAUCAGAAGAGAAGAAGAACUACUAUUAAUGCCAAUGCUUUUUAAAGCGAUUGGAGAGUCAAGGAUUUCUAUCAUCGUAUUCUCCGAGAAUUUUGCAUCUUCAGUCUGGUGCUUGGAUGAACUGGUUGAGAUCCUUCAAUGUAGAGCAGCAAAGCAGCAAAUUGUUUGGCCAGUUUAUUACAAGGUGGAUCUCAUAGAUGUGCGCGACCAACAAGGCAGUUUUGGUGAGGCAUUUGCUAACCAUGAAAACGAAUUCAGAGAUAACAUUGAGAAGGUGCUGAGAUGGAAGGCAGCUCUUAGAGAAGCAACAAAUUUGCCAGGGUGGUAUUUCUUGGACGGGCACUAUUCUAAAUUUGUUCACAACAUUGUUGAAGAAAUUUCAGCCCAAGUAUUAAACCGCACCUAUUUCAAUGUGGCAAAGUAUCCAGUUGGAAUAGAGUCUCGAGUACAAGAUAUAAGUGAGCGUUUAGGAAUUGGGGUAAAUGAUGAUGUUCGCAUGGUAGGAAUAUGGGGGCCAAAUGGAAUAGGUAAGACAACAAUUGCUAAAGCUGUUUAUAAUUCGAUUGCCCAUGAUUUCGAAGGUAGCUGUUUUUUGGCAAGUGUAGGAGAAAAUUCAGUGGCACCUGGAGGCCUAGUCGAACUACAAAAGAUUGCUCUUUCUGAGAUUCUAGGAGAGAAACAAUUGGACUUUACCCAUGUUGAUAAAGGAAUCAAUGUGAUAAAGAAAAGAUUAAGCCACAAGAAAGUCCUCUUAAUUCUUGAUAACGUGAAUCAAUUGGACCAAUUAAACAAAUUGGUUGGAGGGUCUGAUUGGUUUGGUUUGGGCAGUAGAAUCAUCAUAACAACAAGAGACGAACAUUUGUUAACCGCUCAUCAAGUUGACCUAAUAUACAAGGUGAAGGAAUUAUAUUUUGAUGAAGCUUUUGAGCUCUUCAGUUGGAAUGCCUUCCGAAGAAAUAAACUUCCUGAUGAUUAUGCGAAAGUCGCUACUGCAAUAGUGCACUAUGCUAAAGGGCUUCCAUUAGCUCUCACAAUUAUAGGUUCACUCCUAUGGGGAAGAAGCAUAGAUCAAUGGAAAGCUGCAUUGGAUGAUUACAAAAGAGUUCUUGACUUAGAUAUUCAAGACAUUGUCCAAAUAAGUUACGAUGCACUAGAAGAUCCGGUUAAAGAAGUUUUCCUUGACAUUGCAUGUUUCUUAAACAGUAAAAAUAAGAACUAUGUGAUAAAAAUGCUAGAAAGUUGUCACCAGAACCCUGAGUACGGUAUUCAAGUACUCAUAGAAAAGGCCUUGGUAAUUAUUAGAGAAGAUCAUAUUUGGAUGAAUGACUUGAUACAACAAAAGGGUAGAGAAAUAUUUCCCCGCCAAAAUUCUUUAACUGGGCUCAGAAGUCGGCGUAAUAGGUCAUGGUUUUACGAGAAUGUUAACCAUGUUCUAUCGGAAAAUACAGGAAUAAAUAGAACUGAAGACAUUAUGGUAAAUUUGCGUGUACCGAAUGAGACAUUGGGCACUAAGGCUACUUCAGCAAAGUGGAUCUUUUUACUCAUUGCCCUGUGCCUAGAGAUUUUGUCACUUGCUUUUGAUCAGGCUUCCUCCCCAAGGAAUCCCCAGUAUGCACUAUUUGGUGUGAUGUUGGCUAUUGCUGCUGUACUGACUUCCAUCUGGGAGCUCAUUUACAAGGGUAAAAAGGAAAGAGUUGAAUUGAGGAGGUGGAGGACGUUGUGGUGGUUUUAUUAUCCAAGACCCCAGCGAAGGCUAUUUGGUGAUGUUCUUGACAUUUUUGGAUUACUUGGUGCCAUCUCUCAGUGUAUUUGCUCGACAGUUCAGUACGUUCACUUCAUUCGGCAUCAUCAAAAUCCUCUCAAAGCCUCCCUUUUGCCUGCCAUAUUCCUUAUAUGUUUGGGUGCUUCAAGAUUGAGUUGUGUUCAAAUGGACAAGACCGAUGAACAAAAUGCAUGA